GUCGCUACUUUUUUAGUAGCUUCAUUUGUCUUGAGCUCUCUUUAAAUGUUCUUAGUGUAGAUAGAUUUUAGGGCAUUUUUCAUUCUUGAAGGUGGGAGUUUCGGGUUGGUUUAGUAGUGGGUUUUGUGAUUGUUUUCUGGGAAAAAAAAAAUUGAACAAAAUGGUUAUAUCUGGUGAGAACAAUCUUAACAUUACUAAACCGACUAAUGUUCAAGGGGGAUUGGAGAUGGGAGGAAGAAAGUUUGGGCAGGAGAUUAAGCACAACAGAAGAGCUUUGAGUGUUAUUAAUCAGAAUUUAGUGGGAGCUCAAGCUUACCCUUGUAUUGUUAACAAGAGAGGCUUAUCAGGAAACCAUGCAAUCUGUGAAAAAAAGGAGCUUGAUCCAGUGCAUCGACCCAUUACAAGAAAGUUUGCCGCUCAAAUUGCAUACCCUCCAGAGUCGAUGCAAGAACCUAAGAAGCCAAAAACUUCAGUUCAAAACACAAAUGAAUUUGGAGAUUGUAUAUUCAUAGAUGUGGAGGAGAACAAGGCAGCCUUAGAUCAACCAGAACCAAUGUUUUUAGAGGAAACAGAAGAAGCAAGCCCGAACGAAAUGGAGCAGAUGGAGGAGGUUGAAAUGGAGGAUAUAGAUGAAGAGCCUGUUGUGGACAUUGAUGGCUGUGAUGCAAAGAACCCAUUAGCAGUUGUUGAAUAUGUUGAAGAUCUGUAUGCCUAUUAUAAAAAAAUGGAGUGUGUUGGUUGUGUCUUGCCGAACUACAUGGCGCAACAAAUCGACAUUAACGAGAGGAUGAGGGCUAUACUGAUUGACUGGCUUAUAGAGGUGCACGACAAGUUCGAUCUCAUGCACGAAACAUUGUUUCUUACAAUUAACCUCAUUGACAGAUUUCUAUCCCAGCAAACAGUAGUUAGAAAGAAGCUUCAAUUGGUUGGUUUAGUUGCUAUGCUAUUAGCUUGCAAGUAUGAGGAGGUUUCGGUCCCUGUCGUUGGGGAUUUAAUUCUUAUAUCUGAUAAAGCUUACAAUAGAAAAGAAGUUCUUGAAAUGGAAUCCUUGAUGCUUAACACAUUGCAAUUUAACAUGUCAGUCCCAACACCAUAUGUUUUCAUCCGAAGGUUCCUCAAGGCUGCUCAAUCAGACAAGAAGCUGGAGCUGCUCUCCUUCUUCUUAAUCGAGCUUUCGCUUGUGGAAUACGAGAUGCUCAAGUUCCCACCAUCUUUGUUAGCAGCUGCUGCAAUCUAUGCAGCUCAAUGUACUGUUUUUGGCUUCAAGCAGUGGAGUAAGACAUGUCAGUGGCAUAGCGGCUACUCAGAAGAUCAACUCUUAGAAUGUGCAAGACUUAUGAUUGCGUUCCACCAGAGAGCAGCAACAGGGAAACUCACUGGGGUACACAGGAAGUACUGCACAUCUAAGUUUGGGCACACAUCAAAAUCAGAACCAGCACAUUUUGUAUUGGGGACUCAGCUAUAACAUGGAAUAAUGUAUAGCUACUAACUUUUACUUAAUUGGGUUGGGGGUGAAGGACCCAGAAAGAAAAAUAACAAAGCAACUAGAGUUGCACCUGGGAAAUUUUAUACUCUUGAAUUUUUUAGGCCUGCAGCCCCAGUUGUUUAUAGCUUUUUUACUUUACAACCACUGUUGAUUUCAUAUGUUCUAAUUGAGCAUAUUUUCUCAUUGUAACUUUUUUAAUUAUGUUCCAUUCA